AAUUUUUUGUCCUGCAUCAUUUUCUAGCCAAUUGGUUGUACAGAUAAAGUACUGAUGGUCUUAAACAAUGGUAGAACCGGAAUUCAGUCCUACGACGAAAUAUUCAAGAACUACCAGUUCUCAUAGUAUAAUUUUAGAAUAGUUGAUUCCUUGGUUAAUUAGACCUGUUAUACUAAGCAUUUAAUCGAGUAAAAAUAUAUUUUGAAGAACUGACAAGAACCUAUACAAUACAAGAAACGCGUUAACACAUGGUUCGAGCGUAUUUGCUGAUGGCAUUUGUUUUAUACAAUAAAUUUUUAUUUUAUUUUGUUAGGACUCCUCGAUUCUGCUCCUUGUUUCUGUAAUAGUUUUAAAAUGAGCGAAAUAAUGAAGUGUUUUAGCCAGGUCGAGGAAAGCCCCGAGAGGCAAUGCAGCGACCCGAUGAAGGGCAUCGAGAUUUCAAAGUACACGACAAGGGAUAUCGUAGGGCCUUCGGGGGCUUGUGGAGUGUUUUUGAGGAACAAACAAGCCAGGAUCACGUUGGAAGCGAUCGCCGCCAGGGAAGCAAAGAGGGCGUUGAAAAAUCAGACCUUAGCUAAAAAUAAGGAAGAAGAGAUGGAAAAUUUCCGGGUCAAGUUUUGGUCAGGAGCGGACGAUCACAUCCUAAUGAGUAAAAUAAAAGGUCUCGUCGACAUCGGGAUGAAAAAAGCAGACGAAGACCUGUUGGAAAAGAAAAACAAGCUUAAAGUGGCUUUGUUGGAAGAGGAAGUAUCGUUGACCCACGAAUUUAUCGAAAAGGCCCAGCAGAGCGCUCACCGCAUCUACCAGGAUAAGGUGGCUCUGGCAAACCAGAUCGAAGGAAGGCAGAAACUAGAAAGAGGAAAACAAGCACAAGAGGCUUACGAAAAAAUUCUCAAGGAGUCUUCAGACGAAUACAGAAGGAUGCUGUUUAGAGAAAAUAAAAGAUAUUGCACGAAAAUCAACGAGUUCCAAAUGAAGGACAAAGUUUUGGCCCAAAUGAAAGAAAAGGAAGAGGAACAAAUGUGGUCGUAUGUGAUGGACAAAUGGGAACGAGCGAAAGCGGAAGUCCUCGAUUACGAAAAAAGGCAAUCGGUUUCGAAAAAUUACGGUCAUAGCGAUGACAUAUUGAGGAAACAGUUGCUGGGCCAACGCAGGACGAGGGAAUUCGAACAGGAGUUGAAACAGGAGGAAAUGGUGUUCUGGAAAAAGAUGAACGAAAUGUUUAAAGAAGACGAGGCCAUUUUUCAGAAGCGGGACGCGAUGGCGAAAAUGAAGAGGAGGCAGGCGAUUCUCGCCCAGAUCGAGGAGAACAAGAGGAACCAGAAGAAAGCGGCAGAGGAAGAACUCUUAUUCGACCUGGAGCUGAGGAAGCAGAACGCCCGGGAAAUCGCAGAAGAAUUGGCACAGAUCAAGGACGAACGCAUGGCCGAGAGGCGAGAAUUGGACACGUUCAAAGAAUCGGUGGAUCAGUUCAAGCGGAAUGCCCAGCAAGACGAAAAAGAGCUCGAAGUCCUGAUCGCUGAAGAGAUGAAAAGAAUCGACCUCAUGAGGAAGAUCAACAGAGAUAAAGCGAAAAAAGCCAGAGAAACCUUGAUGAAAGAGGUAUAUGAGAACAGGGCCAAACAAGUCCAAGAUAACAAGAUGAAAGCGGAAACAGAAAAGAAAGAACGAGCCCUCCUCGCCGAAUACUCGAACUUCAGGUGGCAGCAGAACGACCAACUGGACAAAGCCAAGGACAAAGACGUCGCCGAUAUGCAUGAAAAACACCUGGCCAGUUUGAUGGAACAGACCACAUACGAGAAAGAGCUGGAAAGAAGAGCAGCGGAAGAAAACAGGAACUGGAUCGAACAGAAAAAACAACAAGAACGGGAACUCCUAGAAAAAUCCCGCAUCCUCAUGAACGAACCCCGUGAGGGCCUUCGACACCCUUUCUUACACGCUUUUCGGAACUGCUAGUUUACCGACCACUGGGCAAACAGCAUAGAAUGACAUGGCUGCUCGAUUGGCGCUUAAAAUCA